AUGGACAUUUUGGAGCCGUCAGGUGGACAACCAUAUCAGGUGGUAGAUCCCGAGGCUCACAGAAAACAUGGAAAAGUGUUGGGUUUUUAUGAGGGUCUGAGACCAUGUCUGUCCAUAACGGACCCCAAUUUAAUACGAAAAGUGUUGGUCACGGAGUUUCAUAGUUUCGUGAACCACAGGUUGCUGACCGAUCCGAGCGAACUCAUAGACAACGGGCUAUUCUUUUCGCGAUACCCGCAGUGGAAGCGCGUCCGCGCCCUACAGAACCCCUCGUUUACGACCGGAAAACUAAAAUCCGUGAAACCCAUGAUCGAGAAGAUUGUGGACCAACUGUGCGCCAAACUCGAGCCCAUGGCUACCGGCGCUGAGGUGGUCGACAUGCGCAUGUACUACGACUCGUUCACGUUUGACGUCAUAUCGACAGUGACUACCGGUGCCAACGCCCAGGCCAUCCAGAAUCCCCGUAAUAACCCGCUGUUCGAUGCCGUGAAGAAUAUCUUCCAAAAGGAUCAGGAGAUCAGGGAUUGGAUCGUCUUUUUCCUGCCAUUCAUGAGACGAUUCAUGAAAAUCACGUUUUUUGAUGAGAAAGACCUGACGCUAAUCGCCCGAUCCAUACGUCAGGUGAUCGAUGAGCGUAUGGACAAGAAUAUAGUUGUACCCGAUUUGCUGCAAAACCUCAUCGACACCAGUGUAUUGGCCCACAACCCCCACAAUAUUAAUAAUAAUAAUCACAUCAAUAAUGAUAACAAGAAUUCGUUUGAUAAGUUAACCACCGAUGAGGUGUUGGGCCAGAGUAUGAAUAUGUUAGCGGCCGGGUAUGAGACAACUGCCACCCAAUUGUGUUUCAUAACACGACAACUGGCGCUCUAUUCUCACCAUCAGAAUAGACUCCACGAAGAGAUUCGGUCGACAUUUCCCGACCCAUCGGAAGUCGAUUACGAAAAGCUCAACAAAAUGCCAUUUUUGGACGCAUUCAUACAUGAGGUGCUCAGGGUCAACUGCUCGGCCAGUAGAAUCGACAGAAUCACUACAAAUGACCGCAAUCUGGACGGCAUAUAUUUGCCAAAAGGGACGCCUAUUAUUAUACCCAUAUGGGCCCUACACAUGGACCCGGAUAACUUUGAGGAUCCUGAUGAAUUUAGGCCAGAUAGAUUCAUGCCUGAAAAUCGACACCUCAUUAAAGACUACACAUACCUGCCCUUUGCUACCGGCCCUCGUAAUUGCAUUGGUCGUAAAUUGGCCUUGAUGGAGUUGAAGUAUUGUUUGGUAAAAAUGUUGUCAAAAUUUGAGUUUAUGGCCUGUGAUAAGACCAAGGAACUGGACUAUUAUAACCCGCUCAUUCAGCUAGCAAGUAUGAAACAUUUAACGGUUCGCAUAAAACACCGAGUAACUGGCUGAUUGCAUAUAGUUAAUCACUAUAUGUACAGUAGAUCACUAUAAUUAAUGUUAAUUAGCGUUAGGG